AUGGCCUCCCCAGGAUUACCUUCCCAAGAGACAAGGGAACCCGCAGAGGACCAGUCUGUCUGGCAUCCAGCGCAGGAGUGGCCCGACGAGGCCGAUACUACGACUGAGCCUGAUUACCAACCUAGCCUCUCAAGGUCCGAAGACGACGAAUGGGAGGACGAGAUGGAUGACGACGACGAGGACAUGGCUCUUGGUGGCUCUGAGGGUCAUCAAAGUGAUGGCAGUGAAACACCUACCCAAGACACGAAUCCGCAUCUCGACCUCGGCAGCAUCCAAAUCGAAUUCGCAGACGAUGGCGACGAGGAUAUCGAUGUGGACGGAGAUGAUACCAUCGUGAUUGGUGAAAGCAAUCAUCCCAGACUCGCCACAUCUCGGCUCUUCCAGUUACUAGCAACCACUGGUCUUCGAGAGAUUCUCCGUGCCAAUGGUUGGCCACCGGGCCCAGAGCCAGACGAAGACGAACUCGAUGACUAUGACGAUGAGAUCCUUUUCAACAUGAGAACUAGAAGGGGAGGAAGAUGCCGCCGACCGAACUUUGUGUGGCCCAAGGUCCCUAGCGAAGCGGGCACCAAGUUGAUGGCUUCUGGUCACUUUGGAACCAACCCGUAUUACGUCGAUCGAAUCAAGAAGCGCAAGCAGGCCUUUGCAACUAAUCUCAUGUGGCGGGAGCUCGGAGUCGACUCUCACGGAGUGCGGAUGAGAGCUGAUCAAUCCAUUUUCCAGAGCAUGAUUCCAGGAUCUCAAGCAGACAAGAUCAUCCACUACGAUUCCAGAAGUUAUUCCGGUCAAUUCUCCGAUGACGGGAACUUCUUCUUCUGCUGCGAACAGGACUUCAAGGUUCGGAUGUAUGAUACAUCGAACCCGUACGAGUGGAAGUACUACAAGACGGUUGAGUAUCCGUAUGGUCAGUGGACUAUUACAGAUGCUUCGCUUAGCCCAGACAACCGAUUCCUUGUCUACAGUUCGAUCCGGAGCGCGGCUUACCUAGCGCCGACUGACCCGGAAGAUGACUCGGACCCGAAUGAGCUGGACUUCUCUCUUCUGCCGGGUCAGGCGCACCGACACAGUUGGGAUUCAUCUCGGUCACGGUUUGGCAUCUGGUCACUUCGAUUUUCUGGAGAUGGGCGAGAGGUUGUCGCUGGUACAUCAGAGGACUCCGUCAUAGUCCUUGAUCUCGAGACACGAACACCGGUUCUUAGUCUACGAGAUCGUCACCAGCACCAUGUGAAUGCAGUCUGUUUCGGAGAUACAUCAUCACCGCACAUUCUGUACUCUGGAUCUGAUGACACCACUCUGCGUGUCUGGGACCGACGUUCAAUGGCUGACGGACGUGAAGCGGGUGUGUUCAUGGGCCAUACCGAGGGAUUGACAUACAUUGACAGCAAGGGUGAUGGUCGCUAUGUCCUGUCCAACAGCAAGGAUCAAACGAUGAAGCUUUGGGAUUUGCGGAAGAUGAUGUCAGCUUCCAAAGCUGACGAAAUUGAUACCAGCGCCUACUCUACCGAGUUUGACUAUCGUUUCGAAGAUUAUCCCGAAACUCAUCGCGAGCCCCAUCCCUGUGACCACUCUAUUGUCACAUUCCGUGGCCACAGCGUUCUUAAGACUCUCAUCCGUUGCCAUUUCUCCCCACCAGGCAGCACAAACUCACGCUAUGUCUACACUGGUAGCGAGGAUGGUCAGGUCUAUGUUUACAAUAUGGAUGCCACGUUGGCUGGUACAAUUGAUGUCAAAUCGGCGACGAUGAAUUCCCGCCCCCGUGGGCCAGAUACCCUGUCCAACGUGUGGGAGAUGGGUGGAGACAUGAUGUGGAGGACCUGCGUUCGCGAUGCAAGCUGGCAUCCCAAUGUUCCAAUGGUAGCAGCAACCUCCUGGAAUGGCUGGGGUCUGUCUAGUGGCACCUGCACUGUUCAUUCAUGGAACGAUGGCGCCGAUAAUGAUGAGGGUGAUCCGCCAAUUGGUCGAAGCUAUGAUCACAAAUUGAGACCGCUGCCCGAAUUCAACCACUACCACGACAAUCCUCCACCCAGCCGCACGCAUAGACGGACACGACGCCCACUUCGCAGCCAGCCUGUCCCUCGGAUGGACGGAAAUGACGAGGACGAGAGCGGAUGGUGA